AGAAAGAGACUGAACAGUGGAAAGACUGUGCCUCUUGCUUUUCACUAGCAAUAUAUAAUGCUGAUCCAUGAUGAGUGAGUUCCAAACAAUUGAGUUCUUUACCUUUGGACAAGAUGAGCUUAGGAGUUGGAGUGAGUCCAGGAAAUGUGGCUGUGCAUCAUGGUGUUGGAAGCUUAAAGUCAAUGGAUAGGAAGGUGAAGGUAGCUGAGGUGGCCCUCAGGUGUCUCAUACUGGUACUAGGAGUGCUUGUGGCUUCUCUUGUUGCCACUGACACCCAAGUAAAGAAGAUCUUCUCCAUUGAAAAGAAGGCCAAGUUCACUGAAAUGAAGGCAUUAGUGUUCCUAGUGAUAGCCAAUGGGAUAGCAGCUGGCUACAGUUUGAUCCAGGCUAUUCGCUGUGUUGUGAGUGCAGUGAAAGGGAGUGUGCUCUUCAGUAAGCCAUUAGCUUGGGUUAUCUUCUCCUUUGAUCAGGUGCUGGCUUAUGUAUGCUUGGCUGCAGUGGCGGCGGCGGCACAAUCGGCGGUGCUGGGGGAGUUUGGGCAAACAGAGCUGGAGUGGAUGAGCAUAUGCAACAUGUAUGGCAAGUUCUGCAACCAAGUUGGAGAAGGUAUUGUUGUUGCACUUGUGGUGAGUAUCAGCAUGGUCUCCAUUUCUUGUCUCUCUGCCUUCAACUUGUUUCGUUUGUAUGGGAAAAACAAAGGCACAGCUGGUGACAUUUGAUCAGUACUAUGUUAAAGAAUUGCCUCCAUUAAUUAAAGAGUUUGAAUUGCCACGUACCAAACCAUUAACAAGCCAUGCUUCUCUCUUCUUGAGUGCCUGUGAAUGUUGAGUGAUGAGCUUUGUAAAUGCUUGUGUGACUGUAAUGAAUGCAAGUUAUGGCUUUGGAUGUGUGUAAUGUGUGUGUGCUCCGGCCCCUGUUUGUGCUCUGUAAAAGCAAGAAGAGAUUUGCUUAUGAGUAG